AUGAAUUUAAAAAGUGGUAGCUUAAGACAACAUUUAGAUAAUAACUUCAUUUCACAUAAUUGGAAGCAAAAGUUGUAUAAUUUAUGUUUUAUUACAUAUGGUCUUGUAGAUAUUCAUAAUAAAGGAUUAAUUCAUCAUGAUUUUCAUUGUGGGAAUAUAUUAAGUGAUUUUGGUGAUUAUGCUUAUAUUACUGAUUUAGGAUUAUGUCAACCAGCUAAUAUAGAACAUUCUCAGAGUAAUAAUAAGAAAAUAUAUGGAGUACUACCUUAUAUGGCUCCAGAAGUUUUAAGAGGAAAAGAAUAUACUCAAAAAAGUGAUAUUUAUGGAUUUGGAAUCAUUGCAUAUGAAAUUUGUACAGGUUUCCCUCCUUAUUGUGAUAUAGCUCAUGAUGAAUUCUUAGCAAUGAAAAUUUGUCAGGGGUUAAGGCCAAAGUCUAAUUAUAAAAUUCCUCAAUUAAUUUUUGACAUAAUUAAUCGAUGUUGGGAUGCAGACCCUUUAAAACGACCUAAAGCAGAUGAAUUACAAAAGUUAUUUACUGACAUUUUUGCAAAUUGGAAGGAAGAUUCUGAAAUUGAUAAACAAAUUAAUGAAGCAAAUGAAAUUAAUGAAAAGCCGUCAUCCACAACAGUUCAAUCACCAACAUCUUCUACUAGUGCUCUCUCAUAUAUGACACAUCCUCAAGCAGUUUACACAAGCAGACUUUUAGAUUUUAAAAAUCUUCUAGAACCUACAAAUGCAGACAAAAAUGAUUUAGAAUAUUCAGAUUCUUUAAAAAUGGAUUUUACUAAACUUGAUAUUAAUUCUAAAGAUGAAAGUAAUUAAGCUCAAACUACUUUAAAGAUAUCAUAUCUACUAUGUUUAUUAUAGUCUAAGAGUGGAGUCCUGUACAAAGUCUAUUUUUUGAAAUCCUGCCCAGUCCGGUCCAGAUCCCAACCUUCAAGGAAAAAAAUGAUUGUUAAAAAAAAAAAUAAUCUUCACAUUUAUUUGUUAAAAAACCUUUAUAU